AUGUCAAAACUCCCCACAGUUUUCCACUUAAGUCCACAAGCUUCCAAAACGAAUUUUCGUUGCGCUACUGAGCAUCAUCAGUAUGUGUUUUGUAUUUUUCAGCAGCCGAKUGGCUUAAGCGCAUUUGAAAUCAAUGCUGAAGCCGCGCUCAAAGCCACUGUGCGACUUCAUGGAGCCAUCAGUGGCAUGCGCUCCGUGCCGCAGGUCAAACCUUUGCAUGAUGUGUAUCAACGUGAAAUCGAAUUGAACCUUUGGGAGCCAAUCAAUCGUUAUUGGGCUGAAUGUUACGAGGCCUGUAAAGCAGCCUCGAAGAAACGCGGCACUUAUCAAGCAGAAAAUCGACGAAUUUUCAAUCAAAAAAUCGUAAUGCCUUGGAAGGUACGACAAGUCGAGGAGAUGACACGUCUGAAUGCCGCUACGCUUGCGCAAAAAACCACAAAUAGUCACAUCAAGAAGCGUUGGAAGAUGGCCAAACGUUUUUUGUAUGGACCACGUGGCCCAUGGUUUACGGGUAAUUCGCCGGAAGAAUUUUGGAUGCUCUCCAAUCAUGAGAAUGUCGCGCGCAUGCGUCUCAAACUCGAGCCGCAAUUGUAUCCGAACAAGCACGAGAAUGCGGCGAAUUUACGUGAUAAUGCCACAAAUGCCUAUGAUCCAAGAGAAAUCUCGGAAUUCGACUCGACAAUUAAGAGUGCCGUUGUACGUGACUUCUUAGCAGACGAUGAGAAUCUACAACUUGAAGAGGAGCUGCGUCAAUCGAUUGAAGCGCAAUCGCAGCAAGAUGUGCCACUGGAAAAAUCAGUCAUUUCACAAGACUGUGAACUGAUUACAUUGAUGACGAAGGUGAAAGGUAAAAUCGAGGUGAAUCAAACGCUAUUUACCUUCAUCGAUUUGAGUCCGCCUUCGGAAGAUGGCUCCAAACACGAUUUUCGCUUUCCAAUCAGCAAAAUACGUGAGGUACAUUUGCGCAAAUUCAAUUUGCGGCGCAGCGCUUUGGAAAUAUUUUUAAUCGAUCAAACUAGUUAUUUUCUCAAUUUUACUACAAAGACACGCAACAAAGUUUUUACGAAAAUUUUGAGCCUCCAACCGCCAAACAUUUUAUAUGGCUCCGGCCGCUCUCCAGGAGAACUACUGCGCGCUUCGGGACUUACGCAGAAGUGGGUAAAUCGUGAGAUUUCCAAUUUCGAAUAUCUUAUGUACUUGAACACAAUUGCUGGCCGUUCCUACAAUGACCUCAGUCAGUACCCAGUAUUUCCUUGGAUAUUGUCGGAUUAUACCAGCGAUGUUUUAGACUUAACCGAUCCAAAAUCUUUUCGCGAUCUUUCCAAGCCUGUUGGCGUGAUCAAUCCUAAAAAUGAGGCUGGUGUGCGCAUCAAAUACGAGUCCUUCGAAGACCCCUCGGGUGCGAUACCGAAAUUCCAUUACGGCACACAUUACUCAAAUUCUGGCGGUGUUUUGCAUUAUUUGCUGCGCGUGGAACCAUUUACGUCGCUACACAUUGAGUUGCAAAGUGGACGCUUCGAUGUGGCCGAUCGGCAAUUCCACUCGAUACCACAAACGUGGAAAUUGUUAAUGGACAAUCCGAACGAUGUGAAGGAGCUGAUACCAGAAUUCUUUUAUUUUCCCGAAUUUCUGAAAAAUAAGAACAAAUUUGAUUUGGGUCACUUGCAAAUAACAAAAGAAAAAGUGGAUGACGUCAUACUGCCAACAUGGGCCAACACACCAGAGGAGUUUAUAGCUAUACACCGACGUGCUUUAGAAUCGGAAUAUGUCAGUCAAAAUCUGCAUCAUUGGAUCGAUUUGAUAUUCGGCUACAAACAGAAAGGCCCCAAAGCUGUCGAAGCGCUCAACGUUUUUUACUAUUGUUCAUAUGAAGGUGCUGUCGAUUUGGAUAAAAUCACCAAUCCCGUUGAACGUGAAGCUGUUGAAGGUAUGAUCAACAACUUCGGUCAAGUGCCAUCACAAUUAUUGCGUGAACCACAUCCGCGUCGUUUGACACAAGAGGAGACGGCACUCAAACUGGUGCGCGCCGAAUUGAAACGACCGGAUCUUACGCAAUUUCUCGAUAAGAUUGUGCAAUAUUAUUGCGAGCUGUCAACGCCAAAAGAUCCAAUUGUCUUCCUGAGCGCACCGCGCAGUCCGCCGCGCUCAUUUCUACAACUCAGUCCGGAUGUGCUUGUCAGCAUAUCAAAAUCAUGUAUACUUGGUGCUAAUUCAUGGAUGUCCUAUGAUAAGGAUCGAGGAUUUCUGCUGGAAAUCGAUGCAACAACUACGAAUUUGAAAAAUCGCAAACGCAUCUUUGGCCCCUUCCAUCCCUCACAAAAUCCACACUCACAACUGUACGCCGUGAGCACAGAUGGUAAGCUUUUGUAUGCCGGCGGCAUCUGGGAUAACUCGCUGCGUGUCUAUAAUUUACAUAAGGGAAAAACCGUAGCCUCUGUAACGCGUCACUUAGACAUAAUCACCUGCCUGGCGUUGGACAACUGCGGCUCUUACUUAGUGACCGGUUCUCGUGAUUGUACCUGCAUCGUUUGGAGCAUACAGACGCAACAGUACGGCAAUGUGCCGGCCAGCACAAACAUUCCAAUGCAUGCGCUUACUGGGCAGGCCCAUUUGCAGGCGAUAACUCAGCUGAAUACGCAGAAUGCCUUCUCGCCCAAACCAUUGACCACACUCUACGGUCACGAUGAUGCCAUUUCGAGUGUCGCCAUUUAUACUGAAUUGGAUAUGGUCGUUUCGGGUUCACUGGACGGCACUGUGAACGUGUAUACCAUACAGGAUGGCCAAUUUGUGCGCACACUAAAACCAAUCGGCUGUACUGAGACCUGCGUACAAAUCUCAUUCGUUACUGUUUCAUAUCAUGGUCACAUUGCAUUCAGCGCGCUGGACGAUACCUCGCAUUCGGUGCAUGUCUACAGUAUAAACGGCACUAGUCUUGGUUCUAAGUAUGUAUCCGGACGUGUAACUGGAUUGGAUACGGCUACCGAUUACUUGGUGGUGGCGGACGAUGCCGGUGAUAUCACCAUGAGUCGUUUGCAUGGCUUGAAACCUGUGUUUGACAUUCCACUUCAUAUUCCAAUACAAACAGUUGUGGUGACACCCGGGAACACACACAUACUUGCACCGCUGCGCGAUGGCCGGUUAGCGGUGAUUGCCGUGCAGGUGCCGGCCGGCAACAAUAAAAAGCAUUCCGUUCUAAACGUUUAAUAAAAGUCAAGCUGCUUAAGAACCAAAACGAAAAUGAACUGUAUGUGGCAAAUAAAUGAAGUGAACGAACGAAUUUUGUAAAGGGUAUGUAGCAGUAGUGUGUGCUUGUAAUUAGAAUAGCUACAGUUUAGGCGUUGGAGCAGCAGCGAAACCGGUAGAAAUGUUAAACGUAGCAAGACAACAACAAAAAUAAAGUGAAGUCGUUGUCACGCAAAUAUAUAUUAACACUCAUUAGUAUAUACAUAAAUAUAAACUUUUGUGAGUAAGUGAGUACAGUGCGCAGUGUUUUUGAGGGGUUUUCUCUGGAAAACUAAAUUUAUACACAUAUGUAGAUACUAGAUAGAAGUAGAAAACACCGUACAACAAUUAUAUGAACUUCAGCUUCUAAUUAGAAGGAUAAAAUGCGAAAGCUCCACUUCAUUGAUAAUAAAUUGCUGAUUAGUGUAUUGUCUGCAACAGCAGGAAAUCAACAAAAAUAGAAUUCAAAGCAAAACAAUAAUAAAACAAAAAUAGUGCAAAUAAGUGUAGUAAACCUUCAAGUGGCAAAAUGAGUGAUUUAGAGCGGGCGAAACAUAAAAUUUACACAGUUUGGGCGCCUAAACGUAGGCUGUAGUUAUUGGAAGUAUAUAAUUAGCGAGACAUAUGCAUUAAUUAGUAACUGUACUCAUUGUCAGCGCUAGCAGCAAUCUGUUUACGCAACAGCAAAGUUUAUAAUUUCGUGCGCUGCUUAUUUACUUGUAUGUUUGUAUGUAUUAUUAUGUAAUUGUAUUUAUUACUUAGUGCUUUCGAGUGAAUUAAAUGUCGCUAGCGCUUUAUGUAUUUUAUUCUAAUUACCACUAAUUCUUUAUUUUUGCCUGUAUGUAAUCUAGUUGUAAUUACAGUUUGUGCAUUAGAAUUAAAUACUGGUCAAUUAAGCAGCUGUCUUAUUUCUCGCUCGCUUUUUAAACCGAAAACUGUAUUAAAUUUUAUUGCAAAAUUAAUAAGUUUAAUAAAAAAAAAAUUUAUCAAUUAUUACCUUAUA